AUGUUGAUUGGAGUUUCAGGCACUUACGGUAGUUUUUAUGAGGAGGUAGCGAGGUAUUUCGAGCGCGGAUAUGGGUAUAAGAGGUUGAAAAUCGAAGAUUUCAGUACGAGUUGGGAAGAGGUUAAGAAGUAUGCUACUGAGAACUAUGAUAGAGGUUAUGUUGUGACGGGGCGCUGGGGGAUCAAGGAGUUGAGGGGGCUUGAGCAGCGGCCUUUCUUUGUGCAUAUUUCGGUGGAUGGGCCAAUAGAAAGUAGGUUUCGGAGGAGUGGUGAUGGGGAAUAUGAGGUGUUUAUCCAGAGGCUUGGGGAGCACGACGACCAGGAACAUGUGCAUGUGGUCCGGAUGGCGCCGGUUCAGUUCUAUGUGUCUAGUGGGGAUAGUGGGGAUGUUAUGGAGCGUGUUGGGAUGGAGGUCGAUAAGCUGAUGGCGGGAAGGUCCAAUUCUUCGAACCCAUUGCGGCCUGACUGGGACACAUAUUUUAUGAAACUUGCCCAUUUGGCGGCUUCGAGGUCUAAUUGUAUGAAAAGAAGGGUUGGCUGUGUGAUUGUUCGCAACUCUCGAGUUAUUGCAACAGGGUACAAUGGUACUCCACGUCACCUGACCAACUGUUACGAUGGAGGAUGCCCACGGUGUAACGAUGGUGGUAGUUCUCUGCACACAUGUUUAUGUCUGCAUGCGGAAGAAAACGCAUUGCUAGAGGCUGGGCGGGAUCGAAUUGGUAGUGGUGCGAUUCUUUACUGUGACACCUGUCCCUGCUUGACCUGUUCGAUUAAGAUUGUACAAACGGGCAUCACCCAAGUAGUAUACUCAAAGUCUUAUCGAAUGGACAACGAUAGUUUUAACGUGUUGAAACAAGGUGGAGUCGUUGUCAGACAGUUCAGCGAUAUCGAGUAUCCUAGAUUCAUCGUUGUAUGA